AUGCCUGCCCCGGAAAUCAUUGAUGGCAUCAAGACCUUCAUCCCGCUCGAGAAUAAUCCCGAUGUCCUGAAACUUCUCUGUGAGAAUCUCCAGAUCUCACCGGAUUUCGACUUUCAUGACGUUCUCUCAACUUCUCCGGAAUUCCUUCAAGAGUGCUGUUUCCGGCCGUGUCAUGCCCUGAUUGUCCUCGCAGACCAGUCUAUAUAUCGAGCUGCCCGCUCAGCCGUUGAGCCAACUAUACCAGAGUACAAAGGCUUAGGUCCCAACGAACCAAUCGUAUGGAUGAAACAGACCAUCGGCCAUGCUUGUGGACUGAUGGCUCUCCUACACGUAGUCUUCAACCUAGAAGGUGGUCGAUUUGUGCAGCCCGGCACGACAAUAGACGCACUCCGCCAACAAGCUAUCCUCCUUGGGCCCACAGAACGGGCGCAGUUGCUGUAUGACUCCAGUUUUCUGGAAGAGGCGCACAUGGAUGCGGCAUCGCGUGGAUCUUCGAAUGUCCCCUCCCCUCGAGACGAUAAUAGACACCAUUUCUUGGCAUUCGUCCAGCAGAAGGAUGGCAAAGUCUGGGAGCUGAAUGGAGGGAUGAAUGGACCUUUGUUCCGAGGAGUGCUUGGUGAAGGGGAGGAUCUUUUAAGCGAGCGAGGGUUGGAGCUCACUGUUCAAGACUUUCUGGUUGCUGCUGAACAGACUGGAUGCGAUGAAAUGAGCAUCGUCGCAGUCACUGAGGCUGACGUUGUGGCACAAGCUUGA